AUGCAGUUGACAAACCUCGUACUCCUUGCCGCCGCGGGCAUCGCGCCCAGCGUUAACGCAGCCGCGACUCUUCGUUUCUCGUGCUCGCAGCUCGUUGUCGAACGUCUAGACCCUCUUGUCAACCCUGGAGAGAACCCGUCCCCUCAUCUUCACCAGGUUGUCGGAGGAAAUGCCUUCAACGUCAGCAUGGACCCUAACGUACACGAUUUGCCUUCGACGGCAACGUGCACUUCCUGCACACCAGUUGAAGACUUAUCUAACUACUGGACUGCUGUUCUCUUCUUCAAGGCGAGAAACGGAACACUACACCGUGUCAACACCUUCGGAAACGAGCUCGGUUUCACAGGUGCCAGUGGCGGUCAGACCGUCUACUAUCUCUCAUCGGGCAAGGUGACUGCUUUCAAGCCCGGAUUCCGCAUGACAGUCGGAGACCCGUCCAUUCGCACAGCUGAGGAGCUUAACCGAAGAUACAAGUAUAUGGACUUUACUUGCCUUGCCUCCUCCAUGACCCGAGGUGGUCAGACCACAUACUUCCCCAAGCAGCCAUGUGCAGCCGGUAUCAUGGUUAGCAUCCGCUUCCCAACCUGCUGGGAUGGUAAGAACGUAGACAGCCCCGACCACCAGAGCCACGUCGCCUACCCCAACGGCAACGCAUGCCCAUCAACUCACCCGGUCACAAUCCCCCAGGUCUUUUACGAAACUUACUGGGACACCCGACCCUUCAACAACAAGGCGGAAUGGCCGGCCGACGGAUCUCAGCCUUUCGUCUGGUCCUUCGGUGACAAGACCGGCUACGGUAUCCAUGGUGACUACGUCUUCGGCUGGAAGGGUGACGCUCUCCAGCGUGCUAUGGAUGCCAACUGCAACAGUGACCUGUUCGCUAACAAGAUCAACUGCCCUACCCUCCAGACCCAAUCCCUCGAACAGGCCAACAAGUGCACGAAGACAAAGACCGUCACCGAGAACCUCGACGGCUGGCUCCAGGAGCUUCCUGGUGGAAUGCCCAUUAGCUAA